UCUUUUCGAAGUUCCAAAUCUGGAAUAUAAGGGCCGGCUAAGCGUCCUUUAUUCCUCCCCGCAGACUUUCCGUUUAUCUAGCUGCCCUAGAGACCAGAGAGCUAGGGGGAGUCCCCCCCUUCCCUCCCUCCCGGUCCGGCAGCCAAGCCUGGCUUAAAAACCUUGGCCACCGGGCGGCGGAAUUACAAAGGAGCCCGUCUGCCUCCUUUGUCCUGGAUUUGGGAGUUGAGCGCCUUCGUCGCCAUUGGCCUUCCUCCCCCAGCUCCAGCCUCUCUCAUCUUGGGAAUCUGCGUCAGAAGUCACUCGCAGUCCCGCCAGCCCAGAAAUUGGGUGAAGACAUGCAUCAAAAAAUUGCACAGGAAAUGAACCUCUCUGAAACUGCUUUUAUCCGAAAACUGCACCCAACUGACAACUUUACACAAAGUUCCUGCUUUGGAUUAAGGUGGUUUACACCGGUGAGUGAGGUCCCUCUCUGUGGCCAUGCUACCCUGGCCUCUGCAGCUGUGCUGUUUCACAAAAUAAAAAACGUGAAUAGUACUCUAACCUUUGUCACUCUGAGCGGGGAACUAAGGGUCAGAAGAGGAGAGGAUGAUAUCGUCCUGGAUUUUCCUCUUUAUCCAGCCCACCCCCAGGACUUCCAUGAGGUGGAGGACUUGAUAAAGACUGCCAUAGGUGACACACUGGUCCAAGACAUCUGCUAUUCUCCAGACACCAAAAAUCUACUCGUCCGGCUCAGUGAUACUUAUAACAGGUCAUUUCUGGAGAACCUGAAGGUGAACACACAGAAUCUGCUGCAAGUGGAAAACACAGGGAAGGUGAAAGGACUCAUUCUCACCCUUAAAGGAGAGUCUGAUGGGCAGGCCCGAGCGUUUGACUUUUACUCCAGAUAUUUUGCGCCAUGGUUUGGUGUGGCCGAAGACCCUGUCACAGGGUCUGCACAUACUGUUCUUGGCAGCUACUGGUCUCAGCAACUGGGGAAGAAAAACAUGCAUGCCUUUCAGUGUUCCCACCGAGGAGGAGAACUGGAGAUUUCUCUGCGUCCUGAUGGACGAGUUGACAUUAGCGGGGGUGCUGCUAUUGUGUUAGAGGGCACGCUGACAGCCUAAGAUGGUGGUACUGCGGUGCUGCUAUCUUGAAUGACUAAGUAUUUUCUGCACAAAAAGAAAUGUAAGGGGCUGCCUUUAGCAAACUUGCAUAGUAGUCCACUUAAUCCUCAUGUUAGAAAUAGAAAAAUGAAGACAUAUUAAUGGAGAUUUAAUAAUACUUCCUGACUAAUUAACUAAUGGAGUUUUGGCUCAACCUUUGAGUAUAUCUGAAAUGUAAGUAACCAGUAACAAAGAAUAAUGUUGUCACCUUUGAUUAUGACUACCAAUCACAGAAUGAGGAACAAAUUUAUGAGGAGUAAAAGAUCAAGCCAUUUAAACUUAGCUGUAUCCAAUAGAAUAUUUUGCAAUCAUUAAAAAGACCCAAUAACUACGUGGAAAUAUAGAAAAAUAUUUCAUGAUAUAAUACUAAGAAAGAAAAUUAUAGUAGACUAUAAAUUGUUAGAAAUGUUAUGCUAUGUCUACAGAGAACAUGAAUUUAUAUGGACAAGGAUGAGCCAUGAAGAUAGAAAAGUAAAAACAGUUCAUGUGUGGGGGUAAGAUUGGGAGUAAUUUUAAUGUAUCUAAAAAAUUAUUUCCUUUAUU